AUGGUAUGGGCAGGAAACGAUGAUGAAGAGUGGGAAUGUGUCGUAGCGCCAAAAACUUUAGUUGAAGAGAAAGAAAAAUUGUUGAGUGAUAAUUCCAAAGACUUAUUCUCAUCUUCAUCUUCAUCAUCAUCUUCUUCUUCUCUUUCUUCGUCGACGAAUAAUUACAAAGAGGUGAAGAUUAGAAUAUCAAAAAAGGAGCUAGAGAAAAUGCUAGGGAAAAUUGAGAAUAUGGAGGAAGUAACAAUGGACCAACUCUUGUCUGGAUUUUUGAAUUCUAGCAAUAAUAGCUUUGAAUGUGAGAAUUUUCAGCGUCAACGCUCCUGGAAACCUCGUCUUCAGAGUAUUCCUGAGAUUGAUUGA